AUGAGCUAUCGAGAGCGCGAUGGUCGCAGAGGGGGCUCUGCUGGCUCCUCGUCCGCCAGGUACGGUGGCGAACACAGUCAGGAGAAUUCAAAUUUUAGACCGCGCGAACGAGACGCGUAUCGAUGUGAUGAUGCCUAUGAUCGGACUCGAGACCGCGGACGUUCAAGUAGGGACGCACCACGCCAAAGCGAGCCGAGCAUCAAUAGUAGCGCUCGCGACUAUGACAGGGAAGAGGAUAUAUCGGCAAGAGUAGAAGACCAUCACGAAGAAAACCAACCUCAGGCUUCAGAGGCAUGGGACCCGGCGAAGGAGGCUCUAGAUGACCCAACCUGGGCGCGGAUCUAUAUUUCGAACCUUCCCGCGGAUACGACGACGGACGAGCUACAGGAAAUGUUUGGUGCCAUUGGUGUCGUCGCACGUGAAAAGCAGAAGCGUGGCUAUAAAGACCAGUGGCCAUUUAAGAUUAAAAUCUACACGGAUGCUGGUGGACAACCGAAGGGCGACGCGGUGCUUACCUACGAGGAUUCAAACGCGGCUCGUACAGCGCCUGAUUUUUUUAACGGUUCUGAGAUUCGCGGCAAGGUUAUUAAGGUGGAGCUUGCAGGAAAGCCUGAGCCUCCAGUAGGCGGCUGGCAUGGUGGUAGUGGUGGAGGUCGUCGCGGCGGCGGCGGUGGGGGGGGUGGACGUUAUGGUGGUGGAAGUGAUAGGUACGGGGGCGGUAGCCGAAGCGGUGGUGGUGGACGUGGCGGCGGCUACAGCCGAUACGGCGGCGGCGGAGACCGUGACUUUCGAGACCGACCUGAUCGCCGCUCACGUCCGUACUGA